CCCAGGUCCCAUUGCCCAGCCUACUAACGGCUGCUGCAUGAGAGCAGUGGGGCUCGACGGCGCCGCUGCCCGGCUUCCAUGGCCACGCACGGGAAGCUGCGUCGGGAGCGGGGGCCGCAGGCCGAGUAUGAGACGCAAGUAAAAGAGAUGCGCUGGCAGCUGAGUGAGCAAUUGCGCUGCCUGGAGCUGCAGGGUGAGCUGCGGCGGGAGCUGCUGCAGGAGCUGGCUGAGUUCAUGCGGCGCCGUGCCGAGGUGGAGCUGGAGUACUCCCGAGGCCUGGAAAAGCUGGUAGAGCGCUUCUCCAGCAGAGGAGGACGCCUGGGGGGCAGCCGGGAGCACCAAAGCUUCCGAAAGGAGCCUUCUCUCCUGUCGUCCUUGCACUGCUGGGCUGUGUUGCUGCAACAGACGCGGCAGCAGAGCCGGGACAGCGCAGCCCUCAGUGAGGUGCUGGCUGGGCCCUUGGCCCAACGCCUGAGUCACAUUGCGGAGGAUGUGGGGCGCAUAGUCAAGAAGAGUAAGGAUCUGGAGCAGCAGCUGCAGGAGGAGCUCCUGGAGGUGGUGUCAGAGCUUCAGACGGCCAAGAAGACGUACCAGGUAUACCACACAGAGAGCAUGAAUGCCGAGGCCAAGCUCCGGGAAGCUGAGCGGCAGGAGGAGAAGCGGGCCGGCCGGAGUGCUGCUGCUGCUGCCACAGCCACCACCAGCACGGAGGCGGGGCCCCUCCGCAAGUCCUCCCUCAAGAAGGGAUCACGGCUGGUGGAGAAGCGUCAGGCCAAGUUCUUGGAGCACAAACUCAAGUGUACGAAGGCGCGCAAUGAGUAUCUGCUCAGCCUGGCCAGUGUCAACGCUGCCGUCAGCAACUACUACUUGCAUGAUGUCUUGGACCUCAUGGACUGCUGUGACACCGGGUUCCACUUGGCCUUGGGGCAGGUUUUCCGGAGUUACACAGCUGCCGAGAGCCGCACCCAAGCCUCCCAAAUGCAGGGCCUGGGCAGCCUGGAAGAGGCAGUGGAGGCCCUAGAUCCUCCAGGGGACAAGGCCAAGGUGCUGGAGGUGCAUGCAGUUGCCUUCUGUCCCCCGCUUCGUUUUGACUACCAGCCCCACGAAGGCGAUGAGGUGGCUGACAUCCGGGUCGAGGUGGAGCUGCGGGAUGAGAUUCUACCCAGAGCCCAGAAUAUCCAGAGCCGCCUAGACCGACAGACAAUAGAGACAGAGGAGGUGAACAAGACACUGAAGGCUACACUGCAGGCCCUGCUGGAGGUGAUGGCACUGGAAGAUGGGGAAGUGGUCGACUCUUUCCAGGCCAGUCCCUCCACUGAGUCCCUCAAGUCCACCAACUCGGACCCAGGUGCUCGGCAGGCUGGCCGCAGGAGGGGCCAGCAGCAGGAGACCGAGACCUUCUACAUCACGAAGCUACAGGAGUAUCUGAGUGGACGGAGCAUCCUCGCCAAGCUGCAGGCCAAGCAUGAGAAACUGCAGGAGGCCAUUCAGCGAGGUGACAAGGAGGAACAGGAGGUGUCAUGGGCCCAGUACACACAGAGAAAAUUCCAGAAGAGCCGCCAUGCCCGCCCCAGCUCCCAGUAUAACCAGAAACUCUUCGGGGGAGAUAUGGAGAAGUUUAUCCAGAGCUCAGGCCAGCCCGUGCCCCUGGUGGUGGAGAGCUGUAUCCGCUUCAUCAACCUCAACGGCCUACAGCAUGAGGGCAUCUUCCGAGUGUCGGGUGCUCAGCCCCGGAUCUCAGAGAUACGCGACGCUUUCGAAAGAGGGGAGGACCCGCUGGUGGAGGGCUGCACAGCCCGUGACCUGGACUCGGUGGCGGGAGUGCUGAAGCUCUACUUUCGGAGCCUGGAUCCCCCACUCUUCUCCUCAGACCUGUUCACAGAGCUUCUGGCUUCUGCUGAGCUGGAGGCCACGGAAGAGCGGGUGGAGCUUGUGAGCCGCCUUCUGGCACAGCUGCCGGGACCGGUGCUGGUGGUCCUGCGUUACCUCUUCACCUUCCUCAACCACCUGGCCCAGUAUAGUGAUGAGAACAUGAUGGACCCGUACAACCUGGCCGUAUGCUUUGGGCCGACACUGCUGCCUGUGCCCGCUGGGCAGGACCCUGUGGCCUUGCAGGCCCGGGUGAACCAGCUGGUGCAGACGCUCAUCGUGCAGCCUGCUCGGGUUUUCCCGUCCCUGACCCUGCUGCCAGGCCCUGUCUAUGAGAAGUGCAUGGCGCCGCCUUCUGCCAGCUGCCUGGGGGACACCCAGGUGGAGGGCCUGGCAGGGGACAACGAGCCGGAGCUGGAAGCUGGGACCCUGGCCCAGGAAGAUGGUGAGGUCCUAGAGGGCGUUGUGGAGGCCGUGGCCUGCUUUGCCUACACAGGCCGCACAGCCAAGGAGCUAAGCUUCCAGCGUGGGGAUGUGCUGCGGCUGCAUGAGCGGGCCUCCAGCGACUGGUGGUGGGGCGAGUGUGCUGGCAACCGGGGACUCAUUCCCCACAAGUACAUCACGUUGCCUGGGGGAGCAGAGAAGCCAUCGGUGGGCCAGGGGCUGCAGGCUGCAGGGGAGCUGGUGAGCAGUCCAGAGGGCCUCCUGGCCAUGGAAUUUUUCCAUCGGCCAGAGCCAUGCACCUCACCCGGGGGCCCUUCUGGGCACAGACGGCACUUCGUGGUCCCAACCUCCCCAGACCGACAUGUGGAGGUGGAUAAGGCUGUGGCACAGACCAUGGACUCGGUGUUUAAGGAGCUCUUGGGCAAAGCUGCUGUCCGUCAGGGCCUUGGGCCAGCAUCGACCAGCUCUCCUGGCCCCGGGCCCCGUAGCCCGAGGCUUCCAGGCUGCAGCCGCCUCGGCAAGCACAAAGGCUUCUCCCGCAGCCCUGGGGCCCCAACCUCACCCUCAACGUCCCACCCCCAGGGCCCGGACUCACCCCUCAAGCCACACUGAGGUGCUGCUGGCUCCUCAGCGGUCCCCCCACCCUAGGGGAUCACUGGCAAGACUCUACCCUUCCCAGGCCCUUUGCUUCUCCCUGCCCUGUCCAGCCCUGUCCAGCAAGCACUGAACACCUGCUCCUGACCCUCUGCAGAGAGAAGGACAUGGCCGACCAAACAAGCCCCUGCCUGCCCCAGCCCUGGCUUGGGCCCUUUUAGGAGGCAGCCAAAGAGGGAGGCUGGGGGCAAGCCCCUCCCUGGCUUUUCUGUGAGGGCUGUCGGGUGGUGUGUGCCCUUGCUCAGGGGAGCAUGCCUGUCAGUACCCAGGCCCAUCUCUGCUUCAGCCAAGGACGUGAGACUGGCAGGGCUUGGCAGCAUCCAUAAAGACUGACCCCUGACAUGAGCCAGUUCUCUUGUGUUGGUGGACUGGGCAGGUGGGUGCAGGGCCAACCCCCUGGUGCCCCUACUGUUUGAGGCCAGAUGCCAGGGUGUUCAACAAAGGGGGAAGGUUGGGCAGCCGGAAUAGCCUCUGCGGGCAGCGGGAGAGACUUGGCAUAGGGCUGUGUGGGCUGGGGACUUGUACAUUUGAAGGCUCAGUCACCUGCAUCAUGGGUUCCAGAGUCACA